UGCGCGGAGCGCUGCGCGGCCAGUGCGCGGCGGCGGCGGGGAUGGGCGGCGCGGCGCUGGCGCUGCUGCUGCUGCUGCUGGCGGCGGGGCCGUGCGCGGCGCAGUACGAGGAGUACAGCGUGCGCGGGUUCCCCGCGGCCGCGCUGGAGCCGCUGCAGCGCGCCUACGCGCGGGCGCUGGCGCAUUACGCGGGUGCGGAGUGGGCGGAGAGCGCCCGGGAGCUGGAGGCCAGUCUGCGCCUUCACCGCCUGCUCCGCGACAGCGAGGCGCAUUGUCACCGCCGCUGCGCCGCGCCCGCGGAAGGGGACCCCGCAGAGGAGCCCCCCGCGGAGGAGGAGCCCGCGGCGUGGGAGUGGGAGCGGGAGCUGCAGCUCUUCGGGCAGCUGCUGCGCCGGGCCGGCUGCCUGCGCGCCUGCAAGCGCGACCUGCCCGUUUUCCAGCUGCGCUACCCCCCCGCGCAAACGCUGCGCGACUUCCAGCGCCGCCAGCCCUACCAGUACCUGCACUACGCGCUCUUCAAGUCAAAUAAGAUCGAGAAAGCGGUGUCUGCUGCCCACACCUUCCUGCAGAAGAACCCCAACCAUGAGAUGACUUUGAGGUACCUGAACUAUUACAGGACAAUGCUGGAUGUGGAUGAAUACCUGGUCGACCUGGAGGCUCAGCCCUACGAGCCGAUAUUCGUGCGGUCGGUGAAGCUGUACAACAACGGGGAUUUCCGGAGCAGCGCGGCCGACAUGGAGCAGGCGCUGGCCGAGUACUACAAGGCGUACGAGGACUGCCUGGCCGGCUGCGAGGGCGCCUACGAGCUGCAGGAGUUCAAGGACUUCUACCCCGCCAUCGCAGACCACUUUGUGAGCGUGCUGCAGUGCAAGGUGGACUGCGAGACCGAGCUCACCCCCAACGUGGGCGGCUACUUUGUGGAGAAGUUUGUGGCCACCAUGUACCACUACCUGCAGUUUGCCUACUACAAGCUGAACGACGUGCGGGACGCGGUGCGCAGUGUCUCCAGCUACAUGCUCUUCGACCCGGGCGAUGCCGUGAUGCAGCAGAACCUGGUCUAUUACCGCUUCCACCGCGAGCGCUGGCGCCUGCAGGAGCAGGACUUCGAGCCUCGGCCGGAAGCCGCACGCUACCACAACCGGACAGCCGCCCAGAAGAAGAUGCUGGAGUUCGCCAGGCAGUACCUGCAGGCUGACGAUGAGAUGGAGGUGGACGGCAGCGAGGGGCUGGAGACGCAGGACCUGCCCUCCGACGGCGAGUUCGAGGGUGAAGGUGACUACGAGGAGGGCUUCUUCGCAGACUGGUGGCAGGAGCCCAAGACCAAAGGGGACAAAGCUGACCAAGAGACCCUGCAGUGAGCCAGGCGAAGGGGCGCCUGGCUCCAGCGGAACUGGACAGCGGUGGCUCUGCGAUGCCAUCCCAGGGACACCGGGCUUGGGGCUCCUGCCGGCCGUCAUGCAGAACCUCAGACUCGCAGGGAAGGCUGGCUUUGCCAUCUGGACUUCUGCUGCCCUGAGCACAGCCUGAUUCCCUUCGGUGGAGCCCCGGCACCGCCAAACCUCCCCACCUACUCCGGACCUCGCCCUGGGCCGCCACUGUCCCCGGUGUCCCCAGGAGCCCUGGCUUGUGGCAGUGCCCUGCAACACUGGGGUUCUGUGAGUGGUGCAUGAGGACCGACUUCAUGUUGUUUUGAGGGGCUCAGGGGUGUCCCGCUCUGGGAGCAAUUCACGGUGCUGCCGGAGCCAGGCGUGUGUGCUGGUUCUGCCACUGCUCAGGGCUCCCGGGGGCUCCUGCCCUGGUGCCUCCAGCCUCCCAUCUGCCCUGCCAGCCCCCGGAGCCCAGGGUCCCUUUGGAGCCCACGGCUCGGUGCUAUGACGGGUUUCCCGGUGUGCUGGCAUCCCCGUGCCGCUGUGUGGCUGCAGCCCGGCGGGGCUGCGUCGCCCGUGCCCUGCAUGUGCCUUCAAUUGUCACCACACCAGCCCUCUGUAGCCUUAAGCUCCGUUAAUUUAAUACUUCCCGACUUGCACAGUCGCUUUUUUUGUUUUAUAUUUACUGGUGCUGAACUUUUUAAAUAAAAUCCAGACCAGUCUUUUCA